AUGAAUGAAUCAAGAGCUGAUGAUGCACCAGAUCCUUAUUUUGUAUUGAGAGGUCAUCGUACUUUUAUCAACUCUGUAUGUUUUGAUCAGUUGAAUGAUAGUUUCUUAUAUUCAGGUUCUGGGGAUGGUGAGAUUAGACUUUGGAAUGUGGAGGAAAAGAGAUGUUUAAAGGUGAUACAACAUGCACAUCCAGAGGGAGGUGUGCUCUCUUUACACACCGUACCUAAUCACAACACUGUAAUAUCACAGGGUCGUGAUGGAACUAUCAAAGUUUGGAACCUAGAUCAAACAGGUCUGAGUCUUAUCGAUAAGAUAGAGACUAAUUCCAUUUCACUCGGAAAGUGUUCACCUAUUGUAGGUAAUCUACAGACCUUAAAGAAUGCACCAUCAAUAGCAACAACAACAACAACAACACCAACCUCUUCAUCUACAACUACAACUACAGCACAAUCAGCUGCAACAGAUCAAAAUGUGCUAAACAAUUCAAGUUCAAUGAUAAAUAUCAAUACUACAAUCAAUGGAUUCGAGAAUCUAGUUGCUAUUUCAUCGGAUGAGGUGCCUUCGCAGAUUGAAAUAUGGGAUUUGACACAACGUGAGAUAGUAAUGAGAGUCAAGGCAGAUCAACUGGGCAAUUCAGAUCGCCACGGAAUGGCUAUGAGCAUCAAACUCUGGCGAGAACAGCCAGUUGGACAACUGAACCUUUGCUCUGGUUUCGAAAACGGUGGUCUCUGUCUGUGGGAUCUAAGAAACGCUCAACAAACAGCGGUAAAGUCGAAACUUCACACCGAACCGCUACUAUCAUUCGCUCUGAAAGACGGUAACGGUGUAUCGGGAUCAGGUGACAACAAAAUAGUGGAUUUCAAAAUAAAUUAUGAUUCCGGAAUAUUUGAAAAAAUAACAGAACAUACUCUAAAUAAUAAUGGAAUAUCGGAUGUAAAGAUUAGAGGUGAUGGUAAGAUCUAUGCAACUGCUGGAUGGGAUAGAAGAGUGAGAAUCUAUAACUUUAGAAAGCAUACACCACUCGCCAUUCUAAAAGUCUGUGUUGUUGAUAUAUAUUGCACAACGAUAAGAUACAACCAACCACAAGAUCAAAUUGACGAGAUAAAUUAA